AUGGAACCACUGUUUUGCAGUAAAGGCGGCGACGUAGAGUUGUGGUCGGAGAUUAUAAUGGGUUCUUCUAAUGAUAGGAUUUUCAAGAAGAAUUUGAUGGGGAGAGGACAAGAUAUUGGAGGUGCUAAGAUUACCAAUUUGGCAUUCGGGGGAAGUAGAAUGUUCUUGACAAGAAAAGAUUUGCAAUGUGUUGAGGUAGAAACAAUUCUCCAACUUGUAGGAUUUGCUGCAAUUAUUCAAUUUAAAACAAGGAAACAAGACUGA